UGUGUGUGUGUGUGUGUGUGUGUGUGUGUGUGUAGGAAAUAAGCUUCCAAACAUAGUUGGGAUUUGUUCAGAGUUAAAUGUCCCGACUAACCACUGGUUACAUGUUGGUUGUCAUUUGCUUUUCAAAGUAACGCAACCCUAACCAGUGACAGUAACUUAGAAUCUGUUUAGCAGUCAAACUGUUAAGACAGCAAACGGCCUGAGGGAUAAGCCCCGCCCCCAGCAGCACCUGACAGCUCAGGUUAGCUUUCUGCUCCUCUGUCUCCAUCACUUCAGCACCAGCAGAGCUCUGUGAUGCAUAAAGGCCUGAAACACCCGAGCCACUGGGCUCGCUGCGCUGUUCUGCUCUGGCUGCUUUUUGUGCAAACRUCUGCAGACCUUCCCAUGUGCAAGGAGUCCGAUUACCACUUCGAGUACACAGAGUGUGACGUGCUCGGGUCAAGAUGGAGGGUGGCGAUUCCCAACAAAGCUGACACGUGCACAGGCCUCCCAGAUCCAGUCAGAGGGACUCAGUGCACCUUCUCCUGCAGUGAAGGGGAGUUCCUGAACAUGCAGCUGCAGCAGUGCCAGAAAUGUGCUGCGGGCACCUAUUCGCUGGGGACCAGCGUGGCCUUUGAGGAGUGGGACAACCUGCCAGCUGGUUUCAUCACUCACGGGAAGCUGACCAAAGAGGGCAAGACCGUUUCAGACUGCUCUAACUCCACCUGGACACCAAAAGGCGACUACGUAGCUUCGAACACGGACGAGUGCACGGCAACGCUGACUUAUGCUGUGAACCUGAAAAAAACUGGAACUGUGACCUUUGAGUAUUUCUACCCUGACAACAGCAUCUACUUCGAGUUCUUUGUCCAGAACGACCAGUGCCAGUCAACAGACUCUGAGAGCCGGUGGAUGAGGAUUUCUGAAAGCAGCUGGAGCCAACACAGAGUGCAGCUGAGAAAAGGCAACAAUGUUCUGUACUGGAGAACCACUGCGUACGAUCUGAUGAGUAGUGCUGCCAAACCCGUGUUGUUAAGAAACAUUCAGGUCUCAGGAGUGUCCUACACCUCGGAGUGUUUUCAUUGUAAACCUGGCACACACAGUGCAAACCCAGGAUCUCCCCGGUGCACCCCCUGUCCUGCUGACACCUACUCCAAUAAGGGCGCCACUGUUUGCCACGAGUGUGAAACAGACAAAUAYGCCGAACCCAGUUCAGGGACUUGCAAACCAAGGCCUGCAUGUACACACAGUGACUACUUUUACACCCACACCCCUUGUGACUCUGAGGGAAAGACUCAGCUCAUGUACAAGUGGAUCCAACCUAAGAUCUGCAGUGAAACCAUCGAAGGAGCAAUAAAGCUUCCAGCAUCAGGACAGAGGCAGACCUGCCCGCCGUGUAACCCGGGCUUCUUUAUCAACAGCACCUCAGCAUGUGAGCCCUGCAGUAACAACUCCUACUCAAAUGGAACAGUCUGUGCCAAGUGUCCUGUUGGCACAGAGCCGAUGCUGGGCUUUGAGUACAAGUGGUGGAACACGAUGCCGACCAACAUGAGAAGCUCUGUUACUCGUCACGAGUUCAGCAACUAUGACCAAAGCACAGCAUGGGAGGUGGCUGGAGAAUAUGUCUACACCCCCCCGGGGGAUCUGGAUACUGACUACCAGAUUCUCACACUCACUCUUCCUGGAUACAGGGCUGAGUCUACAGCCAAAGACACAGAAAGGAGUGAAUUAUCUCGCAUCACCUUUGUCUUCGAGACCUUUUGCACAGCUGACUGCAAGUUUUACUUCAUGGCGGGUUAUAAUAGCUGGUUUAAUGAUGUAGUGGAGGAGUGGAAGGGCACCAACAGGAAGCAGUCGUACUCGUACCUGAUCCAAAGUAACUACACAGUCAGCUUCAGCUGGCAGUUUCAGCGCACUGAGACGUACAACACGACGAGGAGGUACAGCGCUGAUGCUGCGAAGAUCUACUCCAUCCACGUCACCAACGUGGUGGGAGGCGUGGCCUCGCAGUGCCGCCGCUGCGCCCUGAUGUCCGGCAAGUCUGACUCCGCCUGCGUCCCCUGCCCUCCGGGACACUACAUGGUCGAAGCCACAGGAGUGUGUAAAAGCUGCCCGCCCAACACCUACAUCAGGGCUAGUCAGCCAGUUGGAAAGUCGGCCUGCAUCCAGUGUGGCCCAAACACCAAAAGAAACAAAGCCUACACAGCCUGUCUUAGUGACUGUAAGGUGGACGUUCAGGCGAAGGGAGGGGCCCUGCUGCGCUACGAUUUCUCUCUCCUGUCCAAUGUCACCAGCUUCCGCAGCAGCCCCCGCUUCACCAACAAAGGCCUGCGCUAUUUUCAUCACUUUAAUUUGGGUCUGUGUGGGACCGAGAGACAUGAGCCGGCCUCCUGUGUGGACAACGUAACAGAGACGGGAAGAGUGGUGAAAAGUUACAUCUGUCAGUCUGUGGUGGUUCCUUCUGAUAUCAGGAGUCAGAGCAUGGUGUCCUCCCAGCCUUUUGUCAUCGGGGACUCACUCAUAGGUGUGACCACUGACUCCACCCUGGAAGGYAUAACGUCUCCAUCUUGGUUGUUUCCUCCAGCUUCCCCUCAGCUGCCAGAUGUCAUAUUCUAUUACAGAUCAAGUGAUGCAACUCAAGCUUGUAAACAAGGCAGGUCGGCCACUGUCAGAUUAAGAUGCAACCCCACAGUCACGGCUAACGACUACAUCACAUACCCAAGUAACUGUUCUGAGGGGACGUGCGAUGGUUGUAGUUUCCAUUUCCUGUGGCAAAGCCAGCAUGCAUGUCCACUCUGCACCAGAGACCACUACAGAGAGAUUGUCAGUGCGUGCAUCCAGGGAAUACAGAGAACCACCUAUGUGUGGCAGCAGCCUCUUCAGUGUUACGGAGGAGAAUCACUGCCGGCACAAACAGUCAGCGCUUGUGUGACUCUGGAUUUCUGGCUCAGGUUUGGCGUUUCCAUUGGAGCAGUCGCUGCUCUGCUGCUCAUCAGUAUCAGCUGUUACUUUUGGAAAAGGACACGCAGACUGGAGUAUAAAUACUCCAGGUUGAUGAUGAGUUCUGGAGGUAAAGAGUGUGAGCUGCCGACUGCAGACAGCUGUGCAAUAAUGGAGGGAGAGGAUGUAGAGGAUGAACUCAUGGACCUCACCCAUAAGUCCUUCUUCAAGAAAAUCAAGUCUUUCUCACGAGAGAGAACAUCAGAUGGAUUUGACUCAGUUCCACUCAAGUCAUCUUCACGCCACCAACACGAGGAGGAAGACUGCUGAUGCUGAAUUCAAAGGAUCACCGAACCAAGAAGAAGUCUUCAGUUUAAUGGUUUUAAAAGUCRGUUCAGGUCCAUCAGCCUUUGAAGAGUCUGAAUAUAGACACAGGGCAGAUUUCAUAGGCUUACUAAAGCUGUUCAAACGAACACUGGAUAUUUCAUUUGUAGUAUUAUUUGUUGCAUGCUAGACUGCAGAAUUUACAACUAAAAUGCAGUGUCCAAAUGAUGGAUUUGCUGUGGCGAUGGCGUUGGUGUAAAAAAUAUCCAUCCAUGGACUGAGUUACAUUUUUUGGAUGUGUAAAACUGUGUGCAUUUUUCACAACAUUAAUCAUUUAUUUUAUUUUAUUUUAUUUUAUUUUAUUUUAUUUUAUUUUAUUUUAUUUCAUCAAGGUUCUUUGCUUGUUAAACCAAUGUUACAAUUCAGGCUUAU